AUGCCGCCAACACCCUUCCAACCGAGUCAUCAGACACCUUUCAAGUCGACCUUGUCCUCGUCGCAGCAAUCACGCGUUUACCACACACCCUUCGGAGCCGACGGACUAAGCGACGACGUUUCGAUCUCGAUCGCAGACAUUGAUCCGACGGAAUGGACGUACCACGCCGAAGGUGGUAAGAACGUCCUCCUCUCGUACAAGCCUGCUAAAGGAGAGGCGGAAAAAGCCGGGCAAAGUCCUUUCGUGACGCCGACAAGCACGUUUGCCCUGCGCAUCCCGAAGAGCUUGCCCUCAACUUCAGAGUCCAACGCGGUGGAAGAAGAAGAAGCAGAGCAGUUCACCCGCUUGAUCGUCGAGCCGCUUCUCGGAGACCCUACUGUGCUACCAAGAUGCAUCAAGAUCCCCAUUGUAUCGGCUAGAGACAGGGACAUCAUCGACACGCUCUCUGCUCGUAUCGAAAUGCAACGCCCAGCAGCUCGUCGUGCAUCUCCAGCCCGAAUUCGAUCCGAAACGCUCUCCUGCAUCUAUGCCGUCGAGGACGUCACUGCACCCGUCCCGGUGUCCUCGUCUUCGCAUCAGCAGGUGCUGUGUGUAGAAAUCAAGCCGAAAUGGGGCUUUCUCCCCCACAUCGAUUCGCUCCCUCCCAGCUCGCCCAAUGUCGAGAUCAAGGCCAAGUACUCACGCUAUCGCAUGCACAGGGUGGCAAAGCAGGCAGCCAGCACGGAUCAGCUGACGAGAGAGCAGUUUGAGCGACUGUAUGACCCGUUGGAUCUAUACAGCUCGGAUCGAGCCAGGAAGGAAACGGCGGUCAAGGCGCUGUGGAACGAUUGGAAAGAGACAAAGGGCAAGACGAACAAUCUCAGGCUGUUUUGGAAUGGCGCUGUUGUUAAUCCGGCGGACCGUGUUGUGCUCACAGGAGUGGCUCAGUUUCUGGGUGCCGACGGCGAUGGAGAGGAGCAAUUGGUCGAAGCGCUCACACGAUACGUAGUCGACGAGCUAUCAAAGCCGCGCCUUGCAGCAAACGACGACGACCAAGAGAGCGUCCUCUCCCGCCUCUCACACCUCCAAUCAACUCUCGACCCACUCGACGUCGAAGGCCUCGCCCACCUCUGGCUGUCGCGCACUCAAUCACACAUCCUCGGUCAAGCUGACCCCCACCUCGACCUCCCCUCAGCACUAACAGCCUGCCUCCCCGCUGCUCAGCUUUCUACCGUCCUCGCUGCAUUCCUUUCCGUAUCGUCGACACGAGCAGAUGUGGCACUCGAAGACGCAGUGCAGGCGUUUCUCGUAUCGGCGACAUUCAAGGACUGCUCGCUUCUCUUGCGCUUUCGUCGCGGCGAGGCGGGUGUGGAGGGCAACACGAAGAUUGUCGACCUGGACAGUAAGCCGUUCGGCAAGUUGGGCUCGAUGCAGAACACGGACAACGAAGUGUGCGCCGCCUUUCUUGGGUGGUUGGCUCAGUGUGGGGGCUCACCGCCGGCUGCUUCGGUCGCCCCAUGA